AUGGCUCAGCCCAAUUUGUCCAUGCGAAAGGCUCCCGAGAUGCCGCCGAUGUCGCCGAUGCAGUCAAUGUUCAUCCCGCAACUGCAGCAGACACCGCAACCGCAGACGUCCACGUGUCCCCUUGUCUACAUGGUAACGACUGUCGCAGUGCCGCAGCCGUAUCCGCAGCCCACUCUACCAGAGCAUCAGAACCAACAGCUCCCCCUUUACCCACGUCAUCUUUUUCCAAUGGAGGGCCCUGGCAUCGCCACUCCACCAUCGAUGCACGUUAACACUCUGAAUCCCUCAGGUCUGGUAAACAAUUCUGACGCCAUGAUGGCCCGUGGAUCUGGCAAUAAAGUGAAUGUCAACGUGGUGUGUCGCCAUUUUAUAAACCGUUGCUGCAACCGCCGAAAGUGUCGUUUUCUGCACACGCUCAACGAAAGCCCCGUCACAAAUAUUUGA